CUAUCAGGUCCACUUUGCGUUCCACAUGGACGACGCCAGCCGGACUGCCACAGCACAGCAGUCCGCAUCCAGCAAGACCCAGCGCCGUCGUCGACCGCCAGUCUGAGCGCACGAACGUUGGCGCACCGGGGCGAGAGAAGGCUAUGCAGGGCAGACGAGCCGGCAGGGAUUCGGUGGGCGGUGAUGUGGCCGGACAGAGUUCUGUCUGGAGCGGGGCCACAGUUUGGGAGGAGGACGAACGUGCGCCGGGAGAUAAGCCGAAUAUGGACAUAACCCAGGGCCAUCAGGGAGAAAAAGAUAGCAGAAUUCGCCGGAGCAUGGUGCUCGCUCUCCCCGCAAACUGUAUAUCAGCGCGAUGAUGCUCGUCCCGCACGCCCUACCGUCCCCGUCUCGUCUACCUCCCUUCACUGUGAGCGUCGACUUGAGCAAUGGCUUCCACCGGCAAGAAACGCGUCGGCCUCAGCCAGGUCUCCCUCAUCUUUGCUUGCGGGACCGCCUUGUUCUCUGACGGUUAUGCUAACAACAUCAUUGGGAGCGUGAAUACCAUCCUCAAGCGGAUCUAUGGCCCGGAGCAGGUCGAUAAGGUCUACAGCAAUACCCUCACGUCCCUUGCCUUCGCCGGCACCGUCGUCGGCAUGCUCAUAUUCGGCUACGUCUCUGACAAGAUCAGUCGAAAGUUCGGUAUGAUGCUCGCAACGGGUAUCGUCGCUCUCUUCUCCGGCCUUUCGGCGGCGUCAAGUGGGGCGAACCAUAGCGUGCGGGGGAUGCUCGACAUGCUUUGCGCGAUGCGGUUCCUCAUUGGUAUAGGUGUCGGUGCAGAAUAUCCCUGCGGGUCCGUCGCCGCUUCAGAACAGUCGGAAGAGCCAGGUAUCAGCAAAAACUCUCAGCAUCGAUGGUUUGCGCUCGCGACCAACUCCAUGAUCGAUUUUGGCUGCGUCGUCUCCGCGUUCGUCCCGCUCGUACUCUACUGGAUUUUUGGCGAGAACCAUCUCCGUGCCGUAUGGCGUAUCUCGGUCGGUCUCGGUCUCAUCCCGGCCGUUGCGGUCUUCGUCUGGCGGUUGCGGAUGGAGGAGCCGACCCGGUUCAAGAAGGACUCAAUGAAGCGCACGAAGACACCGUACCUCCUCAUUAUCCGCAGGUACUGGGUGGAAUUCUUGGGCAUCUGCAUCUCGUGGUUCAUCUACGACUUCAUCGUGUAUCCGUUCGGUAUCUUUUCCUCGACGGUCGUGAAUAACAUCACGAACAACUCCAGCGCGCUUAGCGUUGUGUUCGGCUGGAACGUCGUGAUCAACUUGUUCUACAUCCCGGGCACGAUCGGCGGUGCAUUCGUCGUCGACUACCUCGGUCCGAAGUACACCCAAAUCACCGGCCUUCUGUGCCAGGCCGUCAUCGGCUUCAUCAUGAGCGGUCUCUACGACCAGCUCACGAACCACAUCGCCGCCUUCGCCGUCGUCUACGGCAUCUUCCUCAGCUUCGGCGAGUUCGGGCCCGGGAACUGCCUCGGCAUGCUCGCCGCGAAGACCGGCCCGACCGCGGUGCGCGGGCAGUUCUACGGGGUCGCCGCGGCGGUGGGCAAGGUCGGUGCGUUCAUCGGCACGUGGGUCUGGCAGGACAUCGUGGACGACUUUGGCGGCUCGGAGAGCAAGCGCGGGAACACGGGCCCGUUCUGGAUCGCGUCGGGCCUCGCGAUCCUCAGCGCGCUCGUGACGUUCUUCCUCAUCAAGCCGCUCUCGCACGACGGCAUGGAGGAGGAGGACCGCCUGUUCCGCGAGUACCUCGAGGCGCACGGCUUCGACACGUCGAUGAUGGGCCUCGAGGGCGAGUCGACGCCGACGAUCGCGUCGCGCGAGUCGAAUGACCCGAACAGCAUCGACGAGAAGCUCGCGUGAGGUGCUGGAUGGGCGGUGGUGUUUGACUGACCAGGUAGCAUAUUUAACUAGUGUAAUCUUGGGUGCUGCUGCUUGUGUCUAAGCUCGCUGAGGGAUAUUGGGCUGUGGUGGUGGCCAUGUUGUAACGACCUGUCAUGUACGAGAGGAUACCGAUGAUACUGCUAGUCCGCUAUAGACACCUCUAUUUCUUGUCUGGUGCCGGGCGUGUAGGCUUCUAUGUGGUCCUGGCACGGAGCGUCAAGUGAGCAUCGCCUUCAGCCCGUCGCUGGUGUCAUUAAACCCACAGAAAGCAACAGCAACAAAAAAAUGCAAAGUACAUAGCAGUGCAACUUCAAGUCAUGAUGCACGGCACUCCGCCGGCGCUACACUUCGUCGGCUCGGCGUG